AUGUCAGGGCUGCAGGUGAUCGGCGACGCCGAGAGCCUGAGGCAGCGCCUGGCCCCCCUGGCCCAGCAGCUGGACCAGCGCGUGGGGCAGACCCUGGAGGCCUUCCGGCAGCAGGCAGCUCCCUUCGGAGAGGCCUUCGGAAAGCAGCUGGUGCAGCAGCUGGAGGAGAUGCGCGGGAAGUUGGAGUCGGGUACCGCCGGAGUGGAGGAUCACCUGCAGCUGCUGGAGAAGGAGGUGCGGGAGAAGGUGUCCGCCUUCCUCAGCACCAUCCCGCCCCCCGAGAAUUGAGUCCCCCCUGGUGCCACGGGGAGGUGACACGGGCUGGCCAGCCAUCCCCACACACUCCGAGCAUUCCCAGCCUCUGCCCGCAGCAGAAAUAAACCUUGUGAUGCA